AGAAGGGCUAUUUAAACGGCUUUGUUGUUGCAGAAUAUCUGCAGAGCUGAGCAGCUGAGUAACGGGAAGCUACACGUAGAAAUACAGUCGGCUCGGAUUGACUGGGAAGCCUUUGUCCUCCAAUCUCAGCAAAAAAUAAAUUCACUGACUUUAACUGGAUUACAACUGAAAGAACAUUUCCACGUUAGCAACAUAUCUUUGUAAGUAUCAUUACUGUCACUGGCUAUCAUGUCAAUGUAUUGUCUCGAGCGUCAACUUUAAACAGGGAAUGAAACGAUAACACUAGCUAGCUAGCUAGCCAACUGACUUUUCUCGACUCGAUCAACGUUUUCUAGAAUAGAUAACUAGUUAUGUCAGUCACUGAAUAGCUAGCUGUAUUGUUAAGGUUGUCUGAGAUGUAAGGUCUAGCUAGUUACUGUAGCUAGCUAGCUAUUCUCUUCAUUUAAAAUUCAGUGUUCUUAUCUUUGCCGUUGUUUCUCAACAGAACCUGAUCUAUGAUCCCUGAGACUUGAAAGUUACAAGAAGUUGAACACUUGACCACUGGAAAUCAUGCCUGCACUUCCUACAACCAUGAUGGUCGCUGACAUAGACUGCUCCAGCUCACCCCCUUCUCCGAUGGACGCCACCGCCAGACGGUCGUCAUGGGGGAAACUGGUGCAGAAGUUAACCGACUUCAGUGGAGCCGGCAACACCAGCCGUCACAGCAUAGACUCCGACUCAGACAAUGGCAGCAGGACUGACCUCUCAGACUCCGGUAAAUAUUUAACAAUAGCUCGACCUAGCCUGGUCCCCAGAUCUGUUUGUGCUGUCUUGUUGAUGAUGGGAGUUGGCAAUACAGAAACAUACAGAUCUGGGACCAUGCUACUAUUGCUAGUUUGACAACUGUUGACAAGGUCGAUCUAUCUGAUGUUCUGUAUGACUAAAACCGCCCUCUAUCUUCCAGGGUUUGACUUUCCCUCUAUCUCCUCAUCUGACGACUUCGGCAACGUGUUAUACGACGAUCUCCUCUCAAUGGAGGAGACCCUUCUGAAAGAACUUGUGGACCUAAUUGCCUGUAGUUUAAGGGAAGCCAAAGAUGGUGCCCUGAGAUGUUCCAAACUACUCAUCCCUGAGAAGCUUCUAGAGCACAUAGGCCAAGAGCUUCUCCACCUGGCAGCCAGCGAGCCCUGCGGCCUGAGGGGGGCUCUCAUAGACCUCUGUGUGGAACAGGGGGAGGUGUGCCAGAGUAUGGAACAGAUCGCUGUGGACCCAUACCUCGUCCCUACCUUCCAGCUCACACUGGUGCUGAGGCUCGAUUCUGGAGGACUGUGGCCCAAAAUCCAAGGGCUUUUCUCCACAAAGUCUCCAUCCAGUCCCGUAAAGAGACAGGCGAUUAGACUGAGCACGGGCUUCAGAGUGAUCAAGAAGAAACUGUACAGCUCUGAAGAGUUGCUCAUCGAAGAGUGCUGAAAGAAACCAAAGAGACUUUCUUUAGAUAUUUUUCCAAUAAACCUUGUUGUACCAAGUGUCCUACCUACAACGCUCAUCAGAGCCCUAGUAAUCAACAUUUGGGAUUCUAGUCAAAUGUACGAUUUCUAGGACAUUUUCUUAACUGUUAAGAUUACAUUGCUAUGUACAUUUACAUUAUUUGCGGAUUGGUGUCCCAGUGUAGGGGAGCCACAGUAAAUGGUACGUGACAAGUUUAUAAGCGAACACCAAUUGUGCUUAAGAGAAUGGAGCGGGGAGCCCACAGUAAAUGGUACGUGACUGGUUUAUUGUGCUUAAGAGAAUGGAGCUAACUCAAACACUGAAAAUGAAGUUUCUGGCACUUUUGCAAAUUGUAAACCACUAAUAUCCAUUUUAUAAAAGAUGGGUGGUUUGGUUUUCCAUUUUAUUGCUAAAAAUGUUUACCUGUUUCUAUUGAAACCAGACUAUGGCAGCUAGCUGUAUGGUAAUGUAUGGGGCCAUUUUGAAACUAUUGUGGUUUUAUAUAUAUAUUUUUUUUCUUCAUGGCAAUUCGU